CCCAGUCUGGCGACUGCCAUGACGUGGGCGGAAGUGGCGUCGCCGCACCGGAUGUGGGGCGGGGCCUGCCCCAAGAGUUUCCUAAAGCGAGGAAACCAAGCCGGCGCCUCUUGCAAUGGAGACGGUCGUUUCUUCAGAUAGCUCCCCAGCUCUGGAAAAUGAGCAUCCUCAAGAGACCCCAGAAUCCAACAAUAGCGUGUAUACUUCCUUCAUGAAGUCUCAUCGCUGCUAUGACCUGAUUCCCACAAGCUCCAAAUUGGUUGUAUUUGAUACGUCCCUGCAGGUGAAGAAAGCUUUUUUUGCUUUGGUGACUAAUGGUGUACGCGCUGCCCCUUUAUGGGAUAGUAAGAAGCAAAGUUUUGUGGGCAUGCUGACCAUCACUGAUUUCAUCAAUAUCCUGCACCGCUACUAUAAAUCAGCCUUGGUACAGAUCUAUGAGCUAGAAGAACACAAGAUAGAAACUUGGAGAGAGGUGUAUCUCCAGGACUCCUUUAAACCGCUUGUCUGCAUUUCUCCUAAUGCCAGCUUGUUUGAUGCCGUCUCUUCAUUAAUUCGGAACAAGAUCCACAGGCUGCCAGUUAUUGACCCAGAAUCAGGCAAUACUUUGUACAUCCUCACCCACAAGCGCAUUCUGAAGUUCCUCAAAUUGUUUAUCACUGAGUUCCCCAAGCCAGAGUUCAUGUCCAAGUCUCUGGAAGAGCUACAGAUUGGCACCUAUGCCAAUAUUGCUAUGGUUCGCACUACUACCCCCGUCUAUGUGGCUCUGGGGAUUUUUGUACAGCAUCGAGUCUCAGCCCUGCCAGUGGUGGAUGAGAAGGGGCGUGUGGUGGACAUCUACUCCAAGUUUGAUGUUAUCAAUCUGGCAGCAGAAAAGACCUACAACAACCUAGAUGUGUCUGUGACUAAAGCGUUGCAACAUCGAUCACAUUAUUUUGAGGGUGUUCUCAAGUGCUACCUGCAUGAGACUCUGGAGACCAUCAUCAACAGGCUAGUGGAAGCAGAGGUUCACCGACUUGUAGUGGUGGAUGAAAAUGAUGUGGUCAAGGGAAUUGUAUCACUGUCUGACAUCCUGCAGGCCCUGGUGCUCACAGGUGGAGAGAAGAAGCCCUGAGCUGGGGGAAGGGGUCAGGCAGCACCAGGGGAUAUGCCCAACUCACUGCCUGCUGGAAGCUCUGUGGGAAUCAGAUGAAACUUGAGGGAAUUGUGACUCUGUUCCCUGUUCAGGGCCCCCUACCCUUCUAUCUGGGAGCUAGGGAAGGCAUGGGGGAGGAAAGAGAAUGGAUUUAUAGCUACCCUUACCCUCACACAUACACUUGAAAAAACUCUCAGCCUAGCCAAUUCUAGCCCCUGUCCUCUUAGAUAUAGCCCCCUUUCUGGGUGAACUAUAGGCUCUGUGCCUCUCAGACAAAUUCUGAUCUCUAAGAGAUCCCCAGACCUCACUUGCCUCUGCCUCCAUCUCGGCUCUAAGAUAAUAGCACAACAAAAUUCUUCAUAAAGAUAUUUUUAUUCACCUGUUCCAUGCUAUGUGGAGGAGGCCAAGUCCAUUUAGUGACAUUUCUUCCCAUAAUGUGAGUGGGGAGGAUUGUGGGGAGGAGGGGCUUUGGGUUCCUGUGUUUGUGCAUAUGAAGGGAGAUGGGGGUUAGGUGGAGGAGGAGGGCAGCGUGGUUGGCUAAGGUUAUUGCUUUUUGUGGCAAAUCUAAUUAAAUGACAGGAAUCUCUUCAUGGUA